UCCCUCUGUCUGACUGCAGUGGAAGUGACAGGACUAGUUCUUGAAUACAUUUUAUCUAAAUGCCCAUUUCUCGAAGUGUUGCACGUGAAAAUCUCAGAAUCUUUGGUGAAUUUAAAGGUUGCUGGCCCUUCGCUGAAGCUGAAGCGGUUGGAAAUAUUACGCUGCGAAUAUCUUGAGAAUCUUGAGAUUUCUGCUAUGAAUCUCGUUUCAUUUAAAUAUAGGGGUCCAGAGAUCACAAAGAUUGUUCUAGAGCAUGUUCCCAAACUCGUUGACCUGUCUUUAGCAUGUCAUUAUGCUUGCUUUUUUGUUAAUCAUUCCAGCCAGUUUUCAAGCUGUCUUUCUCAGUUGAAGACACUCGAACUAGACCUCGGAGUUGAGAAGUAUUUCCGGUUCCCCAGAUUUCCAGAGUUAACAAAUCUCAGGCAAUUGAAGUUGAGAGUAAAUGCACGAGAUGUUGAGACCCUGCUCCAUUGCACUUCCCUGCUGAAGGCAUCACCCUAUUUGGAAAAGUUCUCACUGCAGGUAAAUUUGCUAUUCUCAAAUGGGGCUACAACAGGAAAAAUGAAGGUGCGGAAGGCUAAACAUCCACACCAAUGCCUCAAGGUGGUUGAAGUGACAGGUUUUAUUGGUUGCACAGUUGACAUGGAGCUUUCCCUCUAUGUACUCAACAAUGCUGCGUGCCUGGAGAAGCUAGUUAUUGAUACCCG